GUUUGCUUUCACUUCACCUAAACCGGCCGACUCAAGUAUGCAAUCGGAAGUUACUCCGUCAAAACUGAAAUGGAAUCAGCCGAUGAAAUUAAAACCCUAGAAGACGACGGUAUCAAUUGGAGAACUCGAAUUCUCUAUCCUACUCUUCUUGGAGGGAUUGUUGGUGGAGGAAUUGGACGGACGGUUUAUGGCCGCGAACUGAUGUCUACGUAUGCUACGAAUCUUGCCAUAGUCACCGGUUGCUAUUGUGGUGCUCGAGAGUUUGUAAGAGUUAGCAGGCAUUCUGGGCCCGAUAAUCUAGUUGACUCAGCGAUUGCUGGAUUCGGCACUGGUGCUAUUCUUGGCAGAUUGCAAGGUGGUCCUGCUGGUGCGAUCCGUUACUCCAUUGGGAUCGCCGUCGUUGGAACUGGGGUCGAUUUUGCUGCUAUCAAAUUAAGGCCCGUUUUCAAAAACAUGUAUGAGUCAGUAGUAGUAGCUGGUGAUGAGAAGAAAAAGGGUGGGUUCAAGUGGCCCGAAUGGUUGCCCAUCCAGGUUCUUGAUGAGGAAGCUCAGGCUGCAAAGCGUGCACGAGAGGAAGCGUUGCGGGCUCGGAUCCGUGAUAUGACUAAAGAAGAGUCAUAGAUUUUGCAUUGCUGUAUUGUUCAGUGUUACCAUUACCUACUAAAGUAAAAGCAGAAUGCUUUGGGUGGUGAUUAUAGAUUUUAAUAAACCUUUGCUAUUGUAGUUGUAUACACUUGGCUAUGCAUUUGUUACCAUAUUGAAGCUUUGAAGGUAAAGGAUCAAUGCAUUAUUAUGACUUAAAAGAAGCAUCUGAGAUGCCUAAGAGAUUUUGUUUU